AUGAGGUAUAAUUUGCAUUUUCGAAUUUUUCACCCCAAAAAAGUGCUUGGUCCCCCCUAUGGUUUUUCGAUUUUCAAUCGCCUGUAUCUCGGUUCAAAAAUUUUUCCUAGAGCUAAUUUUGGUGGCAUUCGACUCAGCUCGACUAGCUCUUUCAAAUGAUAUAACAUUUGUA